UGGAAACUACCAGGAUAAGCGAGCAUGCCUUACGACACUGAUCACCCAGAAUGAAAACAACAACUCAUGAUACGCGAUGGAGCAAGCGAAAUGUUUAUAUAUGAUGAAGGAGACGGCCGACGGGCACGGCCUUUUCGCCAAAGAGCUCAUCAAGGCUGGGACACGCAUCAUUCACGAAAAGCCGAUUCUGACUGUCUCACAAGAGGAGACCAAGACGAAAGCCGAGUAUAGAUGUGUCGUUGAUCAAAUCGCGGACCUGAGUGACUCAGACAAACAGCGACUGAUGGAUCUGUACCACAACGACAAAAAGCUGCGCGAAUUUUCAUUCCUCCAGGGUCAACCUUGUCCUGGGACGGAUCUCGAUGCAGGGAUUGUCUUGGCAAAAUUCUAUACAAACGCUGCGAACAUCACAUCCGGAGGUCUCGAAUGCGGGCUGUUCACAACUUUCUGUCGCAUGAAUCACUUAUGCACACCAAACAUAUGCUGGGUAUACGAUGAGCCGACAGGGUUCAUGGAAGUAUACGCAGUGAGGGAUAUCGACAAAGACGAGGAGAUCACCAACUCAUACAUCGAAGUCGCGAUUUCUCACGAGGCGAGGAUGAAGGAGCUGUCGAAUUGGGGCUUCACGUGUCGAUGCACUGCCUGCGAAGGACAGGAUGCCGCGAAACACGAUGAGCGAAGGCGCAGGAUUGCACAGAUCAAGGGCAUUCUCGACAUGUAUCAGGAAACGGGAAAGUCGGGCGACGUACCGAAGUUCGCUGAGAUACCAAAGACAGACUUGGAAGCAUUGAGGUUGGGCGAAGAAAGUCUUGCACUGUUAUCGGACGAGGGGCUCAUCGAACAACUGGGUGUCAUGUAUGGGCUGUGUGCUAAGUUUGCCAAAGGCGCUGGGCUAGAUGACUUUGCGCAGGAUUAUGAGGAGAUGGAGUUUGAGAUCCUGGUAAUAACGACUGGGGAGUAUAUCGAUUGAACUGGUAAACGUUGGAAGGGAUCAAGAAUAGUGAAAAGCCCUGUUAUUCGGGGCUGUGGCGUUUAAAUGGCUUGCAGCCCGCAUGGUAGCUAACAAAGAAUUCCCAAGGCGACACUUUGAGCGGUCUUCUGCGAGAUCUCUUUGGCACUGGGGAGCAGGUCUCUUUAUAGCCUCACAUCACUCCGUGUUAUGUGCCAUGAGACGAUCAGUUUAUGACAUUAUCAUACUAUAAUACUCUAAAUUACACGAGAAAAGAAGUCUUUGGAAGGGAAUCAUUCUGUAGAGAUUUUGGGAGACAAAAUAAAAUGCGCCAGCAGCGUGACG